AUGGAGUUUUUUAAUUCUGCCUUAGGAAAAAACAUUACUUUUGUGCGUCCUGCAUAUUUUAAAAUAGCUGGGUUUAUAGGAAUACCCAAUAUGAAUUAUUACUACAUCUUUCUCUUCUUUGUCUUCUUUAUUUCAGUGCUUGGAAACACAGCUGUAAUGACUGUGAUUUAUCUGGAUCACAAUCUGAGGACUGCAAAGUAUGUAGCAGUUUUUAACCUUGCCUUUGUGGAUUUGUUGGGUAACACAGCUCUUGUCCCAAAAGUCAUUGAUACGUUUUUGUUUAAUCACUACUAUAUCUCAUAUAAUGAGUGUUUGACAUACUUUUUCUUCUGCUACAUGUGCCUUUCAAUGCAGGCUCUUAACCUGGUUGCUCUCUGCUACGAUCGUCUGGUUGCUAUCAUGUUUCCUCUGCAUUAUCAAGUCACAGUGACGCCCAAGAUCAUGCUUUCUAUAAUUCUUGCUUUCUGGCUUUUUGUUAUAAUUGCUGUUUCAACUGCAGCCGGUCUUUUGACCAGACUUUCCUUCUGUAACUCGGUGGUUAUUAACAGCUACUUUUGUGACCAUGGCCAGAUAUUUGGAAUAGCAUGCAAUGAUUAUUCUCCAAGUUACAUAUUCAGUGAUGUAUUGAUAGCUAUUAUUCUUUGGAUCCCUUUAAUAAUUGUCAUUUCCAGUUAUGUUUGUAUUUGCUUUGCUCUCUUUAAAGUGUCCACAAUCCAAGAAGGAGUGAAAGCUUUUAAAACGUGUACAGCUCAUUUGUCUUUAGUGGCAAUCUAUUUUUUUCCCAUUUUAAUUACAUUCACUAAUACAAACAUUCAUCCAAAUCACAGGAUCAUAAACCUCUCGUUGACCGCUGUCUUUCCACCCAUGUUAAACCCAAUCAUUUAUGUUCUGCAGACACAAGAGAUUAAGGCCUCAUUUAAGAAAGUUUUAAAAAUUAGAAGUCGGUUCAAAGUUUCUGGAAAGUAAUUCAGUCGGUCUGUUCAGAAAAUGACAUAAAGAAGGAAAACAAAAGUAUAUGAAAUGAUUUUCUUUCUGUACAUCAGAAUAUCAAUUUUACAUAUCUGGUGACGGUUUGUUAGUUUAGUUGUCACCCAGGCUUUUGCUUAUGAUGUUAACUAUUUGUAGAACUGAACUGAAACAGUG